GUAAGUUAAGAAUUGAUACGCAUAUGUAACUUAAAAUCUUAUCCAUAAUUAAAUUUAAAAUGAUUCAAAAUUUGUUAUUUUACUGGAACUGAUUACUAUCUAGUAAUCUGGCAACGAGGCAAAUAAAUAGUAAACAAACCAUAUAACUUUGAAGUUUCUUAAGUGUCAAAAAUAAAGAAAGGUGUACAUUAAAAAUCCUGAAAAAAUCAAUUAAUUGAUAUUAAUAUUAUAAUAUUCACUUAAUAUGUUGCGUUAAAAUAGUGAAUCCUGAUCAACGGUAUUGAUUUCUUGAGAAAAAGAUAAACUUAUAAUUGAGACUGAUGACAAAAAUGAGUGCCAAAGGUUGUCAUCACCUACAGGUUUUUAAGAAAACUCAUGCUCAUGUGGAUGCUUUAAAAUGGGUUCACGUCGUUUUCGUUGUAACAGAUACUCCUAAAAGCAGGAAAGCUAAGAUAUGCAAUUCAUAUUGCCGAACUUGCAAGAAAAGGGGUCCAUUUUUGCAUGCCUGUUUAGAAUGUGUAUAUUUUGGAUGUCAUAAACAUAUCAGGGAUCACAUGAUAUAUCAAAAGCAUGCGAUAUCCAUGGACCUUUCUUAUGGCCAACUUCAUUGUUCUUUUUGUAAUGAUUACAUCUAUGAUUCUGAAAUAGAGGAACUUACCUCAGAUAAUGCAAUGAACGCUAAAGUUUUUAGAAAGAGAUUAUUUGAAUGGAAUUCGUUUGAUGCAAGCCCAGAUGAACGAGAUUUGCUACAUCAUAGAACUAAACGAAUUUGUAUCACUCCCGAAUCUACCAUAGGCUUGAGAGGUUUAAUAAAUUUAGGAAAGACCUGUUUUGUUAAUUGUAUAGUACAAGCUCUCAUACAUACUCCAUUGCUACGAGAUUAUUUUCUUACUGAGAGACAUAAUUGUAAUGCUGUUGUUGGAGCUUGCUUAGUUUGUGAAGUAUCUAAAAUAUUUCAAGAAUUUUAUAGAGGAGCUAGACUACCUUUAGCCUUGCAUGAAUUGUUGCAUUUAACAUGGAUUCAUGCAACCCACUUAGCAGGUUACAAACAGCAAGAUGCUCACGAAUUCUUUAUAGCUACAUUGAACAUUCUUCAUAAACAGUGUUUGGAUACCAUGCCAAAGACUAAUGAAAUGGUACAAAAGGAAAAUGAUAAAUGUCCUUGUAUUAUAGAUCAAAUUUUUACCGGAGGAUUGCAAAGUGACUUAGUGUGUAAAAGAUGCAAUGGUGUCUCGACAACGAUAGAUCCCAUUUGGGACUUCUCUUUAGAUCUCGGACCCGUAACAUUAGGAGGCAGACAACCUUCUUCUCUUCAUGAAUGCCUUGAUAGAUUUACUAGAGCUGAACUUUUAGAAAAUAAGGAGAAAACCUUUUGUUCGAAUUGCCAGUCACACGAAGAAUCGACUAAACAGUUUACUAUGAAGACUCUUCCUAUAGUUGUAUGUUUUCAUCUAAAGAGAUUUCAGCAUACAAAUGAGGUAAAAAAGAAAAUAUCUACAGUGAUAUCUUUUCCUGAAAUGUUAGACAUGACUCCUUUCAUGAGUAGAAGUAAAGAACAGACUUCUUUUCCUAUAGACAAUAGAUACUCAUUAUUUGCUGUUAUCAUUCACGUAGGUCCAACAAUAGAUAUCGGACAUUAUGUGGCGUACGUAAGACAACAACAUGACUUUUGGUACAAAUGUGAUGAUGACGUCAUAACUAGAGCUAAUCUUAAAGAAGUUCUUGGAUCCGAGGGCUAUCUUCUAUUCUACCACAAGCACGUGCUAGGAUAUGAGUGACGUAAUACAUCUUGUGAUAAAAUUGGUGAUAUUAAAUAAUUGUAUUGUUGCAGCUGAAUAAAUAGUACUUGGAUUGGUUCUUGAA